GGAAAAACCAAGUACGUAAAGCUGAAAGCCUCAGUUGACAGUCGGUGGUCAACGUUCGCGGGUCGAGGAUUAAAAUCGAUUGACGGUUUAAGUGAAACGCUCUGAUCAGAGCGGAUAAAAAGCUAUCCGGAUCCAGUUGUGGCUUUGGAUUUUGACAGUAAGACAUAAAAUAUUGAGAAAGUGAUUGAAUUCUCCGAGGUUUGGAAAAAUGGAGGCAAAAAUCCUGGUACUGAUGACGGUUUUGGUAUUUAAAGUCCAGAUGAUUAUGGGGUACGAUGAAACUCGGGAUUUUUGUACGAGAUGGAGGUCACCUCCGAAGUUUGUUAGACCAUCGAGUAAUUAUACUGUUAAUUCUACGAAAAGAUGGAGUAAUAUUAAUCAUAGUAACAGUAAUGUUAAAAAUUUGGACAACAACUUUAUUUUACAUAUUUUGAAACAUAAAUUAAAACUUAAUCAUGUACCAAAAAUACCGACAACAACAUCAGUGACAACACCUGAUUGUUUUUGUGUUCCUUGGUAUCAGUGUGAUAGCAAUAAUACAAUUAUCAGUGAUGGAAUUGGGAUUAUUGAUGUCAGAAUUCGACGUUGUACUGGUGAUCUAGAAGUUUGUUGCAAGCCACCACAAAUGAAACCAACUACGAUAAUGUCGACUCAACCUCCAACAAGUCCACCAACUUCACCACCUACAAGUCCACCAACAUCACCGCCAACUUCACCACCUACAAGCCCACCAACUUCACCGCCAACUUCACCGCCAACUUCACCGCCAACUUCACCGCCAACUUCACCACCAACAACUCUACCUCCUUUUCCCACUCUUCCACCACUCCGAUGUAUGUGCGUUCAAAUAUAUCAAUGUGGUAGCGAUGGCUUCAUAAUAACUUCAGGAAGUGGAAUUAUAGAUCCACGUCAAACUUCAUUUCUAUGCUCUCAAUGUGCGUGUGAAGCUCCACUUGUUUGCUGCCGUAUUCCACCCAACAGCAAUCAAAUAACUUCUACUAUUCCACCACCACCACCACCACCAUCACCACCACCAACAACAACCACCCCACCUCCCACUUCACCAACUUCAACUUCUACUUUACCGUAUAAAUGCGUCCCAAUAUCUCAGUGCGACCCAAAUGGGUUCAUAAUAGUUUCCGGAGCUGGUAACAUAGACCCUCGUUAUCCAGCACGUCAAAUAUCAAUUGUCGACAAUGAAUGCGGCGAAAAUCAAGUACGGUGCUACUUGCCGGCCAAUGGUCAAGACAGUAUCGCAUUUCCCGACGUUCCGUCCUUCCCGUCAAUAGAUCCACGUGCGAAUUUUACCAUUAAAAAUCCAGGAACUUCUAAAGCUUGCAAAUGUGUCAAAUCUACUGAGUGUCAAAUUGGAAGUGAAGUUCAAUUAGAUGCAGCAGGCUUCAUAGAUCCCCGCUUCAGGUAUUGCUUGCCUGCCGAUCAAGUUUGCUGUAAAUUGGAUGGAAUAAUCAUUCAAGCUAUCAGUACUACUUUGACUUCAACUACUGUGAAGCCAUUUUUACCAGCAAGUAAUCUAAUUGUUAAUCGAUUCGACUCGACUGCUUCUGCACAGCCAUUUUGUGGUGUCAAAGGACCAAAAUGUAGUACGGGUAAUUACUCAAGACAAACGUACUUUGGGGAAUUUCCGUGGAUGGUUGCGUUGAUAGUAAAACCGACAUUGACGGGUAUCAACGAAUUCUUAUGCGGAGCCACAAUGAUUAAUAAUCGUGCUGUACUAACCGCUGCUCAUUGUGUUCUCAAUAGAAAACCAGGACCUAUAAUCGCCCGAUUCGGUGAAUGGGACACCUCUGAAACGAAAGAACCCUUCCCUUACCAAGAGUCAAUAGUCCAAGCAAUAAUCACCCACCCCCAAUACUACAGUGGUGGCUUGUACAAUGACAUAGCUAUCCUAAUCCUAGAAUCUCCCGUAACUUAUGCGGCUAAUGUGAUGCCAGCUUGUAUGCCAACUCAAGAAAUGAUCUUCACGCCUGGAACAAGGUGCUGGGCGACUGGCUGGGGUCGUGAUGCUUUUCAAGGAAAAUACCAAACGCUGCUUAAAAAAAUCGACCUGCCAUUAAUUGACCGAGCAGAGUGUCAAUCUCGGCUAAGAACAACUCGGCUGGGACAAUACUUUCACCUUCACACUAGUUUUCUCUGUGCCGGGGGUGAAGAGAACAAGGACACCUGUACGGGUGAUGGAGGCGGGCCACUUCUUUGUUCGAUUUCUUCCGGUCAAUUUGUUCAGGUUGGAAUAGUAUCCUGGGGAAUUGGUUGCGGUGAAUCGCAAAUACCUGCUGUCUAUACAGAUGUAGUUAAAUACAGAUCAUGGAUUGAUCAACAAUUAGCUAAUUACGGUGUAUUGUAAUAUUUAAUUAAUUUUUAAUUAUUGACAUAUAUCCUCUAUGAAAAUAAAAUAUAUGGUAAUUUAUAUAUAUAUAUAUAUAUAU